AUGACUUCUCAAGCCUUCGUUGACUGGACUGCCGUUCCCGCGUGGCUCGUGAAGGUCCUAGCAGAACGCGUUUACCCCUCUAACCCCUGUGGGCCUGGCAAGUAUCUUGACCCGAACGCCCAAGCAUGUGUGUACAUCUGCAAGCCGGGGUACUCAUACGACUACGACACCAAGUCGUGCGUGCGCAUCAUGCCCGCGUGCGGUGAGGGCUUCGUGCUCAAGGGCGGGCGCUGUGUGCCCAACCACGAGUGCGACCAGGGCUACUCGUAUGACGCGUCUCUGGACGCCUGCGUCCUUCCCCAGGGUUCUUUCCACGAGCCCAAGCGUACGUGGUGGCAGCAGGCAGUGGCUUGGGCAGCAGGAAAAGUUUUGAAGGCAGAUGACAACAGCUGUCCGGCCGGGUUUUACUACGACCCCAACACAACGGCGUGCGUGCCAGUUUGUGCACCAGGGUUUAUGUACGACCGCGAGCUGAAGAAGUGUGUUCUUCAGGUGAAUUCUCAGGUGCUUCUUCCUCACCCCGCGGAAAACUGGCGUAUCAUAGUACUGUCCCCGGGGCGUAUCGUAGUACUGUUUCCGCAUAAGCUCCCAGUGCUCUCUCAGGUGCACUUCACGCGCUCAUACUCACCUCUUGGAACACGGGUGUGUCGUAGUACUGUUUCCUCAUGA